UGUUAAGAGGACAAAUGACAAACAGGAUCCGUGCACCUGCCAGCCGGUCCCUGAUUUGACUUCAGCGAGGCUUGCAGACAGCAGCGGCUCUUGUCAGGACGCGGGACAGCAUCCAAGCAUCUUUGCCACGGAUCACCUGUUAUCUUCGUGGAUUUUCUUCCUAUUCUUUUUAUUUUUUUGAUUAAAAAAUUAUCCCAAAUCGGCUACAAGGGAGGCUGUGUUUUUAUGGACUGUAUCAAUAUCUCUGGUUACUUUUUCCCCCACCACCAAAAGAGACACAUUUGAUAUGUAACUCCGUGCUGGCAGCAACACAAGGAAGCAGGUUUGAGGACGAAUUUCGGUGCUUUUUAACAGGACUCCCCCCUCCUCCCUCUCUCUCUCCCUCCUGUUACCUUUUCUUAACGAUUUAUUUAGUGGUCCGUCCUCCUGACACUGUAUCCUAUUCAGCAACGCAAUGAAUGAGGAGCACUUUUUGAGCCGCUGCCAGUGAAGUGUCCGGUGCUCACAAUGUGUCAGGGUGUCCACCUGUGUGGGAAGAAUUGGGACUAUUGUAAACAAUAAAGACUGGGCGCAUCAUGGAGUUCUUAACAUAGGCUGACACGCAUAAUGUGUGCAAUGAUCAUAGUAAAUCCUCAAACCAACACUGCUGCUUUGUCAUCGAAUAACACUGUUGGACAUAAAUGUCGGUGCCGUAAGGUGCGCUGCGCUUAAAGCUUAGUCAGUGUAAAGAGAAAUAAAAUGAUCAAGAUGAUAUUGUUUCGUAAAUUCAGAGUGUUGAUACUCAUGGUGUUUUUGGUAGCGUGCACCAUGCACAUCAUGAUAGACUUGUUACCAAAACUAGAGAAGCGGGCGGCGGGAGCGGACAGCGGGGACGGCGGCUGUCAGUGCGCUCAUCACCCGGGCGGUGAAUCGCAGGGCUGGGGGAAGCAGCGUGCCAGGUCGGCGGCGGAAGCGGGCUGGCCUAACAAGCACACGCUGAGAAUCCUGCAGGAUUUCAGCAACGAGCCGAGCUCCAACCUCACGUCCCAUUCCCUGGAAAAGCUCACAGCAACCGGGGAGAGAGCGGAUUCCUUCAGGCGGAUGAGACCGUUGGCGGGGAAAGCCGAGAACCACAAGCCGCUUAUCGGAGACGCGAGUGGGGGUCGGACCGUCCCUGCCCACGGUGUCUCACGACUGUCUGCUCUGUUUGAGCAUCCCUUAUACAAGGUUGACCUUCCUCCCCUCACGGACGAUGACACUUUGUUUAACGUCAACACUGACAUCAGGUUUUAUCCGAGAGCAACAGGGAACCAAGGAUGGCACAAUGAGGAAGGGAACGUUGAGGAGGAGGAGUUCUCUCCAACGGGAGAGGUGACGGCGGAAUCGUACCCCAAUUGGUUACGUUUCCACAUAGGGAUCAACCGCUAUGAGCUGUACGCCAGACACAGUCCUGUGCUGGACGCCCUGCUGAAGGACCUGGUCACACAAAGGAUCACUAGCGUGGCCAUGAAAUCAGGAGGCACCCAGCUGAAGCUCAUCAUGACUUUCCAGAACUAUGGACAAGCACUUUUCAAGCCCAUGAAGCAGACCCGGGAGCAGGAAACCCCUCCAGACUUCUUUUACUUCUCCGACUUCGAGAGGCACAAUGCUGAAAUCGCUGCUUUUCACUUGGACAGGAUCCUUGACUUCAGAAGAGUUCCCCCAGUGGCGGGACGACUUGUCAACAUGACAAGGGAGAUCAGAGAUGUGACACGCGAUAAGAAGCUGUGGAGGACCUUCUUCAUCUCACCAGCCAAUAACGUCUGCUUCUAUGGUGAAUGCUCUUACUACUGCUCCACUGAGCAUGCUCUGUGUGGGAAACCGGACCAGAUUGAAGGCUCACUAGCAGCCUUCCUGCCAGACCUGAACCUGGCCAAACGCAAGACCUGGAGAAACCCUUGGAGACGUUCCUACCACAAACGCAAGAAAGCAGAGUGGGAGGUGGACCCAGAUUACUGCGAUGAGGUGAAGCAGACGCCCCCCUACGACCGUGGCACUCGACUGCUGGACAUCAUGGACAUGACCAUCUUUGACUUCUUGAUGGGUAAUAUGGAUCGUCAUCAUUAUGAAACUUUUGAGAAGUUUGGAAACGAAACUUUCAUCAUCCACCUAGACAACGGAAGAGGGUUUGGAAAACACUCCCACGAUGAGCUAUCAAUCCUGGUGCCCCUGAGCCAGUGCUGCAGGGUGAGGAAGUCCACAUACCUACGUCUCCAGCUGCUGGCCAAAGAGGAGUACCAGCUGAGCUAUCUGAUGGAGGAGUCCCUGCUCCGUGACCGACUGUCCCCAGUCCUCAUCCAGCCUCACCUCCAAGCCAUGGACCGCAGGCUCCGGCUGGUGCUUCAGGUCCUUGCAGGCUGCGUAGAGAAAGAAGGUUAUGUUAAUGUUGUGGAGGAGGAUUUAGUUGGGGACACAGCCACCCACAGGAGCCCAGGUCACAGGUAGUGAGGGCGAGGCUCCAGGGUAACAGAGACCAACAGUGACACAUGGACCACGUCCGUGGCUGUCUGACCAAUGGGAUUGGACCAAAAAUCCCACUUCUGAUAUCAAGCUGAAUUCAGUGAAUUCCAAGACUUGCCAUCAUUGCCUCUAUGGAACCUGCUUUUAAGUGUGUUUAUAGAAGAAUCUGUCCACAGAUACAAUGAAAGACUGUGCUCACACAGAGGCUUUGUAUUUGUUAGAUACAGAUGUAUUUUUGUUUUACCAGAUGUUGUAUAAGACACAAAGGAACCACUGCUGUGUUCUGACUUUGUCCUUUUUGUUUUGAAAAUGGAGGGGAUCAGCUUGUUUUAUGUGUUUUAUUAUAUUAGUGCAUAACCAAAUGAGAACUUACACUGACUGGGAAUCUUAUGGUCAGACAAUAAGCUUUAUCACUUAUCAUGAUGUAUGAAAAGGUUAAGAAAGUGUGUGGACGUUUUGAGAUAUUGUUCCUUUUGUAAAACAUGUUAGAAAAUAUAGUUUUCACCUUCUGCAGUCAACUACAUCAGCCAGCAAAGUUUCAUCAGACCUGGCACAAACAACUUGUAACCACGAGUUUCCUAAUAGUGUGUUCUGUUUAUCUAUCGUAAUAAGCUUUUUGUCUUGGCACAGACUUGGAACAGAUUGAUUGAAAGAGUCAUUACAUCACUUCUGAACAGCAUAAAUCUGAGUUCAAAUAUAUUUCUCACUGUAGAUCAGACAGUACCUGAACUUUGCCUUAUUCCAAACGUAUCUUUUUUCUUUUACUUUCCCAUCUCCCCUGCAAGUUUAGCUUGCACUAAAUGCAGUACAACAGCACAAAGAUAAAAUAUUAUUUUACAAACCAAAAAUACUCUAAAUACAAAGACUGGAGCCCACACCGAUGUGCUGGUUAAUGUUUAUUAAGUGGUGUGUCAAUUCAUUCAAGAGCACUACCAUUCUUACCUGCAGACCUGAAACAUUCAGUAUUGUCUGCUAUGAUAUAAUUUUACGAUUUAUGCAAUGCAAAAUGUUAGUUUGUGUGUUGUUUCAUUUUAUGGGAUUUCAUGUCCAAAUGACUAUUUAUUGGUGCGUUACAAAGAGUGAAAGUGGUUUAAUAAAUUCUAGGUUAUGGUUUUGCUUCAUGUUGCUUUAUACAUUGGGAAAUAUUUAGCCUUAGGAUACUAUUUAAAUUGACAUUCCUUUGGGUACUAUUUUUAUGUUCAGAUGAUAGAAAAACGAUUAAGCUGUUUGAUUUUGGAUGUUGAGUUGUUGAAGUGAUGCCAGUGCAAUUUUCAGUUUCGUCCUGUGUAUCUGGCUAACCCAGUACCUGUGCAAUGACAGAAAUUGAGUACUUGAAUGUUUUUGGGUUGGCAGUAUGGACAGGAUUCACAGAGCUACAAACAGUGUAAAGCCUGGGAGCUGGGCUCAAGUCUGCUUUGGGGUGAUAAAGGGGUUAAAAUGCCUCGUCCCGCCACAGGGAUAACCUCGGGCACUGUUCUUUGAUUUUCAUAUUCUCAGUGUAAAUACCUAUAAAUACUUUGAAGACCUAACAAGCUGCACCGAACAGUGAUUUGCUUCUGUUUUCUGCUAUUGCAUUGUUACUGUGAAGAUCUGUUUACUAAAUAAUUAAAGUGUGCAAUAAAAACAAAAGU